UAAUGAUAAGUUCUUUGAAAUUAGUGUUAAGAUUUAUUAACAUUGUUGAAAAGUUUGUAAUAAAUUUUUGACUUCCAGUGUAUUACCACCAUAAAUUAGAAGUUGUAGAGUUUCAGAAGAAUUCCUUUCAAUAGUUUCACAGUAAGUUGACAGAAUGGAAAUUCCAGCACCAGAAACUUUGAAGACACCGUUAGUAGUACCCAAUAAACUACUGAUGGGAGCGGGACCUGCAAAUUUGUCUCCCAGAGUUCUGCAUGCAAUGAGUCAUGGUGUUUUAGGUCACAUGAAUGCAGAAACGUUUCAAAUUAUGGACGAAAUAAAAGAAGGUAUUAAAUACGUUUUUCAAACUAAAAAUGAGCUAUCUUUGGUAAUCAGUGCUAGCGGACACACUGGUAUGGAAGCUGUUUUGUGUAAUCUUUUGGAGCCUGGAGAUAGAGUUUUAAUUGCUGUUAAUGGACUUUGGGGUUUAAGAGCAGCAGACAUGGCUGAAAGAUAUGGUGCUGUACCAAUUAAAAUGUCUACCGUAGCAGGUGACAAUUUCAGUUUCACUGAAAUUGAACAAAAUUUAAAGAAACAUCGUCCUAAAUUACUGUUCAUAGUCCAGGGAGAAACUUCUACUGGAGUACACCAGCCAAUAGAAGGACUUGGUGAUCUUUGCCACAAAUACAACUGUCUUCUUGGUGUGGAUACAGUAGCUGCAGUUGGAGGAGUACCAUUUUUCAUGGAUAAAUGGGGUGUAGAUGCGGUUUACGCUGGCGUGCAGAAGGCUAUAGGAGCUCCACCAGGCUUAACGAUUGUUUCGUUUAGUCCUAAAGCACAAAAAGUUAUAUUUGGGAGAAACACUCCAAUCAAAGUAUAUUACUGGGAUAUGAAAGUUCUUGGCCAACAGUGGAACUGCUACAAUAAUGUUCGACCGUACCACCAUACAACUAGUUCCAGUCUUUUAUGUAGUCUAAGAGAAAGUUUAUCUAUAAUAGCCGAAGAAGGAUUGACAGAGUGGCAGAGGAAACAUGAUGAAUGCUACCAAAGACUGAGGAAGGGAAUUGAAAAUCUAGGAUUAGAAUUCUUUGUUAAAGAUGAAAAUAAACGGUUGAAAACGGUUACAUCUAUUGUUGUCACAGAUUUUGAUUGGAAAAAACUAGUGAAUUAUGCCAUGAACAAAUAUAAUGUUGAGAUAGCAGGUGGACUAGGACCGACUGCUGGAAAAAUUCUUAGAAUUGGAAUUAUGGGAUAUAACGCCAAUCCUCAAACCAUUGAUUUUUUUCUCAAAGUUUUGAAGGAAUCUCUUGAACAUGCUAGAAGAAAUGAUUCAAAAUUGUAAAUAAAAUUUAUAGAUAAAUAUUGUACAUUAUUUACAUAAAAUAAAAAUACGAUCAUAAUAAUUA